CCCCUCAUUUUUGCAGAAAUUGCAAUGUCGACCAGCCGCAAAUUAAAGAGUCAUGGCAUAAGGAGGGGCAAGACCCGAUCUCCUCACAAGGGAGUCAAGAGAAGUGGCAGCAAAAGAAAAUACCGGAAGGGCAGCCUGAAGAGUAGAAAACGGGGCGAUGAUGCCAAUCGCAAUUACCGCUCCCACGUGUGACCCCAUCAGUGGGCUCUGGCCUGGUGAACUUCACACAACACCAGGCAGCAAAGAGGACAGCAGGAGGACUGCCAAGGAGACCUGAAGUUAGAUCAAAGCCAGAGAAGAGCCUAUCGUGUGGGUAAAAUGCCAGUCGUGACGAAAUGAGGAAUGUAUAUGUUGGCUGUUUCUCCUCAAUGUCUCAAUAAAAUUCUGAAA